AUGUCCAAUGGGACAUGCCCAAAAACAGAAAUAUAUGUAGAGAAUAGAAAAAAAGAAAGAAAAAAAAACAAUUUAUUAAAUGUAGAUUCCAAUAUGUUGCCCAGCAAAAUUUAUCACGAACAACAGGUGUCGCAGCUGUGUGCGCUGCACGCACUCAACAAUCUUUAUCAGCGCCGUAAUCUGUUUACCAAACAGAAAUUGGAUGCCUACUGUUAUGAGCUAACGCCACGCGGUUGGCUUAAUCCGCACCGUUCCUGGCUCGGCUGGGGCAAUUACGAUGUCAAUGUGAUUAUGUAUGCGGUACAGCAGCAGCAAUGUCAGGCCAUAUGGUUUGACAAGCGUCGCGAUCCCGAUUGUCUUAACUUUCCAAGAAUUUUCGGUUACAUUCUGAACAUGGCCACGCCUCCAGGUUGGCGCAAUUAUGUAACGCUGCCCAUCUGGGGCGGGCGACAUUGGUUGGCCCUACGCUGCAUUGGGGACGAUUAUUAUAAUUUGGACUCGAAGCUAUCAGCGCCGGAGUGCAUUGGCAAUGAGUCGAAUUUUGUAGAGUUCCUGCGAGCUCACUUGAGCUCUGAGAGCAGCGGAGAUCAGGAAUUGCUGAUUAUUGUACAGCAGUUUGAAGAGGAGGAGGAGCAACUGCCACAGUCUUGGCUAAAGCCAGAAUAUCGCUUGAGCACUUGAGGCAUAUAUUUUAAUUAAAUUUUAUGUAUCUAAUAAAAU